AUGCGUCUCACAGGUGCCCUCGCUCUUCUGUUGGCCGUUGCCACAGCCUCUCCUGUUGCAGUCGCCGACAUUGGAUCCAAGGACGUCAAGGAGAUUAACGGUCUCCCUGUGGUCAGCGUCGAGGCUCUACAGUCCCUCGAGGCUCGCGGUGCCCUCAUCACCAAAGACGUCAUUGCUGCAGGCGAGGCCAAGGCCCCCGAGGAGAGCUCGCUCGAAGCCAGAGUGUGGCCCGCCUCUCAUCAGAGCGAUCACUUCAAGGCCGGAAACGGAUAUCUCCACAGGAUCAAGACUCGCAUCAUCGUCAGCGGAGUCCACCUCGUGGUCACUGCCUGGUUCAACGAUAUCCACACCUUGUUCGUGCAAUUCGAGCCUGAUUUCCCUAGUGCUCCCAACUAUUUGAUGGCUGGUUUUGAGGAUCUCGCUACCGGAGUGCUCAGACAGCCUUGGAGAAUCGUCUGGGAUAGUAUUUACAGCCUCACUACGAAGGGCGGUGAGACCUUCCAGUUUGACAACGAGUUUGUCAUGUGGUGGAAAUGA